AUGGCAACGCAAAAACCUAUAAUAAUUAUUGGCGCCGGGUUGUCAGGCCUUGCAGCAGCCCGCCUCCUCACGGAUCAAGGUAUACCAGUGAUAGUAUUCGAGCAAUCGCAGCCUGACCGGAGUCAGGGCUAUGGCCUUACCCUUCGUGACUGGGCUUACAACGCCUUGCUUGAGGAGUUAGGCAAUCCCAUUGGCGUCAGCGAUUUCCAACGGGCCGUUGCAACUGACGGAGCCAUUGGACGUACUGGAUGGGUUGAUCUGACAUUUAGAAAUAACGGAACCGGUGAGACGCUGUUCAACCCUGAUCCGCCAAAGCCAGGUCAACCAAAUACGAUUUUCAGAGCAAACCGAAGUUUCUUGAGAAAUUGGCUGGCGGAGGGAGUCGAUGUGCGGUAUGAACACAAGCUAGAGGGCUUUCAGGGUGAACCUGGCCAUGUCUCAGCCUUUUUUGAGAAUGGAGUUGUGCAAGAAGGAUCGAUUCUUGUAGCUGCAGAUGGCGUGCACUCCACCGUCCGUGGAGUUGCUUUUCCAGGAAACCAGACACUUAAUAUUCUACCUGUCAUAUUAUUUCAUGGGAAGGUCAACAUUCCUCGAGCCAAGUAUGAGACUGCAGUAUCCACUGCUCUCGGGCCCUCGAAUGUUGCGGCGGGUGUUGGCGAUAGCUUCAACACCUUCAUCACAGUCGCUAGUGCGAAUAAAGAGGACGUACACCUGGACUGGUCAUACUCUCGGGCCCGGCAGGGCGACAAUGAUCCCCUCUGGAUGCCUGACCGCGGGGAGCUGAUUAAAGUCCCACAACACCUCCUCAAGGAGAUCCGAAGUAGGGAUUUGGUUCCUCCAUUCUCCACUCUCGUCAACGCCGACGACAUUAAGAAAGACAAAGUUUACAAUUGGCGGAUACGGAGUGUUUACAUCAGUCGGGCGCAACUUGACCAAGCUGCAAAGCGUGGCGUGGUUUUCAUUGGUGAUUCGGUGCACGCGAUGCCUAUCUUUGGUGGUGAGGGAGGAAACCAUGCCAUACUGGACGGUGUCGACCUGUUUAGGGCGAUCCAGGCAGCGAGUGAUGGCAGAGACAAGAACGAUCUACGUGCUGGUGAGGUAGAAGUUAUAGCGCAGACAUUUUACGAUACGGCACUGGGAAGGAGUCAGGACGCUGUGAAGCGUUGCGUGCAGCGGUUUUCCGCUUUUCACAGGCCAAUACAAGAAUGGAAAAAGAUAGCUGGGAUGUCAAAGACAUAG